GCCGUCUUGGCACCGCCAACGCCCGGUCCCUGCUGGGUAUCCAUCCUCUCUCGCCCAAACCUCGUCUGGAGGCCCCGCUGGUUGCAAGCGACGACCGCUGCUGCGGACUGGCCCAGCUCCAAAGGCACAGCAACUUGCUUUGCCACCCACGUCGGCCGCCUUCGCAUGUUGCACCCCCCCGCGCCCUUCGACCUGCUUGGGAUUUGGUCUCAGCAUGGUAUAUUUGAAAGUCCCGGUGCCCAUGGUGCCGCGGAUUUCUGUGGCCUCGCUUCCCAUCUGCAGUAAGAUAAAACAACGCCGUUCUCUUUUGGAAUCAGACGGUACUCCCGCUCCCUUCAUCCCUUGCUCCUCGUCCUCCUCGACGCAACCCUCCCAUUCCAACACCGCUUCGUCAUCAGCAAUGCGGCCCGACAAAUUCUUCUUCUAUUCCCGCAGUAAGGACGUCCGCCCUGGUCGCGGGGUGAACGAGUGGAUCACAGAUCCAGGGCUUUAUGAGAGCCUGCAGGCCAUCCCGGACUGGCGUCGGGUCCUGAGCAACUUUCAUAUCGCGCCGUUCGUAUACGACGGAUUCACCUUCAACUCGAUCGAGCACGCCUUCCAGGCGGCCAAGAUCAGGCUGGCCAACCCGGAGCUCGCCUUCAGGUUCACAGUCGAGAGCGGCACCGAGAUCGGGCUUGGAGACGGCGUCAUUGCCCAGCAGAAUCGACAGGUUGCCUUUCUGGACUCGGCCCAGAUCCAGCACUGGGACUCGAUCAAGGAUGAGGUCAUGAAAGCUGCGGCCUAUGAAAAGUACGCCUCCUGCGAGCUCGCCCGGAAGGUCCUUCUGGCAACGGGAUCGGCAGAGCUCUGGCAUGGCGUACCACGAGGCAAACCCGUGCGAUUCCUGCAUCUCGAGGAGAUUCGUGAAUACCUCAGGGCCCGGGAGGAUGCCGAGGCCAGUGCAGAGCUGUAGGACAACGCACUCGUCGAUAUUCUCUCAAAUCUCCCGGCAACGAUACAAGAUCAAUCAAGGCUCUUGGCGCUCUGUGUCCACUUUGGAGACCACAUUCAAGCCAGCAAACGGCCCCUUCUCCCCCAAGAAGAACCGAGGGGCGAAGACUCUGUGACAAUACCCUCCCCACCACAAUCAUUCCAUGAAAUAGCGGGACAAAGUCCCUUUUAUGGCAUAAGCGAUUCAAGCCUGCUGAACUUGCGCUGGCCCUGGUGGGCAAGCCGUGCGAUUGCUUCCAGUCUUCGUUGGCAAUCGUUUUUUUUGUCCUUUGUUUUUGGUUUCAGGAGCCUCACCCUGAAUACACUCGGUCGAUCCCCUGUG